GGAUCCACCACCACGACCCCCGGUGCGCGAUCCACAAACCGCAAUCCAUGGUGCGGCCACAGAGGCCCUGGAUCUGCGGGUGAUAAAGCAAAGGGAUUCCGGGGAAGGGGGUAGGGAUGGAGAAGAGGAAGGAGAAGCUGGAAGGAGAAGCUCCGUGUGUCAUGUGUCAUAAAAUAGAACAAGUAACGUUCUGGCGCACUAAUUAGCUCUAACUAUAAGCUUUAUCAAAAAGGAAGGUUUUGAGUCUACUCUUAAACGAACAGAUGGUGACUGCCUCCCGAACUGAAAGUGGUAGAUUAUUCCACAGCCGAGGAGCUUGAUGGCUGAAAGCUCUGGCUCCUCCUCUACUUUUAGAGACUUAAGGGACCCACUCAAACACAAACCGGUUCAGUGAGCUUUUGUGAUCCAGUUGGUCCAGUCUGUGAACAGUCUGAACAGUCUGUCCUGUAUCAGACAGGUGUGACGUCGCCGUAAUCAUGUCGGAAUGUAGAACUACAGAAGAAGUCAUACUCCACCUUCAGUCGUGCAAGAGUCCUCAGGCGAGAGAUACAGCUCAGUUCUACAACAUGUGGGCCAAAAACUACGAAACAGACACCUCUCUGAUGAGCUACAGAGCUCCACAUCUGGCUGUAGAUUUCCUGUCUGAGAACUUCACUGGGAGUCCUGGAGAUGUUCUGGUUCUGGACGUGGCCUGUGGAACCGGAUGGGUCGCUAAACUGAUGUUUGAACUAGGCUUCAGACACUUUGUGGGAGUGGACAGCAGUAAAGGAAUGCUGGAACAAGCUGCUGAGACCGGACUCUAUCAGGACCUGAAACUGGCUUUACUGGGAACAGACCCACUGCCUGCACAGACUGGUGCGUUCCAUGUGGUGAUCAUCGUGGGAGGUCUUUGUGCUGGUUUCGCUCCGGUCAGUGUUGUCAGAGAACUCUGCCAGGCCGCCAAACCAGGAGCCCUGGUGUGUAUCGCAAGAGGCAACCACACAGAAACACAAGCUCAGCAAUACAAGGAGGAUCUGGAGAGGGAGCUGCAGCUGAUGGAGGACGAGGGGCUGUGGAGUCGAGUUGGACUGAAACAAGCAGACAAAUACAUGCGAAGCUUAAAUCUGAGUCCUGAUAGAGACGAGGACAACGUGACCGAGAAGCCGUUCAUCAGCGGGACCAUUUAUCUGUACAAGAAAUCCAGCUGUUAAA